AUGGCCACUACGUCGGGCCCAGAGCCCCCGGGGAGCACAGGGAGCGCAGCAGCAGGUGCGGCGGAGGAGGAGGAGAUGAGUUUGUGCGUGCGGUGGGCGGGCAAGGAGGUGUCGGUGCAGGCGAGCGGUGACGACACGGUGGGCGAGUUGAAGCGGCGCAUCUGCGAGGCCACGGGCGUGCUGCCCACGCGGCAGAAGCUGCUCAACCUCAAGCUCGCCAGCCGCCCCGCCCCCGACUCCACUCUGCUGUCACAGCUCGCCAUCAAACCCUCCCUCAAGAUCAUGAUGAUGGGCACGGUGGAGAGUGAGAUCGUGGUGGGCCCAUCAGCAGAGGAGGCGGUGGAGGUGGUGGACGACCUGCAGCUGCCGGAGGACGAGGCGGUCGACAUCAAGGACCGCCCGGAGAACCUCGCCAAGCUCAGACGCCGCUCCCACCACUUCAAGGUGCGCCGCUCCCACCACUUCAAGGUGCGCCGCUCCCACCACUUCAAGGUGCGCCGCUCCCACCACUUCAAGCUGAAGGUGCUGAACCCCCCACGGGUGGGCAAGCGGCUGCUGGUGCUGGACAUCGACUACACGCUCUUCGACCACGUGUCGCCCGCUGAGAAUGCCAACCAACUCAUGCGCCCCUAUGUGCAGCAGUGGGGAGGGCAUGGGUUGAGGGCGAGCAGGGGUGUGGGAGUCGUGUGGGAAUGGGUGCAGAGGGGCGGGCAGGUGAAAGUGGAGAGGGCGGGGGGAGUGAAAAAGGGAGCCGUUCUGGGCAGGGCAGAGCGCUCCGCACUGGGUGAGCUCGUGCAUCGCUGCUGCACACUCGCUGCAUCUCACCCACCUCCUUACUCUCCCUCUCUGCACCACCUGCCUCUCCCCUCUACUCCCUCCCACUCCCUCCUCCCGCCCUACAUCCCGUCCCGCAGCCCCUGCCCCCUCCAUCCCGCCAUGCAGACCUGCACGAGUGAUGACGCCAUGCCACCAGGUGAUGACGCCAUGCCACCAGGUGAUGGCGCCAUGCCACCAGGUGAUGACGCCAUGCCACCAGGUGAUGACGCCAUGCCACCAGGUGAUGACGCCAUGCCACCAGGUGAUGACGCCAUGCCACCAGGUGAUGACGCCAUGCCACCAGGUGAUGACGCCAUGCCACCAGGUGAUGACGCCAUGCCACCAGGUGAUGACGCCAUGCCACCAGGUGAUGACGCCAUGCCACCAGGUGAUGACGCCAUGCCACCAGGUGAUGACGCCAUGCCACCAGGUGAUGACGCCAUGCCAACAGGUGAUGACGCCAUGCCACCAGGUGAUGACGCCAUGCCACCAGGUGAUGGCGCCAUGCCACCAGGUGAUGACGCCAUGCCACCAGGUGAUGACGCCAUGCCACCAGGUGAUGACGCCAUGCCACCAGGUGAUGACGCCAUGCCACCAGGUGCUGACGCCAUGCCACCAGGUGCUGACGCCAUGCCACCAGGUGAUGACGCCAUGCCACCAGGUGAUGACGCCAUGCCACCAGGUGAUGACGCCAUGCCACCAGGUGAUGACGCCAUGCCACCAGGUGCUGACGCCAUGCCACCAGGUGAUGACGCCAUGCCACCAGGUGAUGACGCCAUGCCACCAGGUGAUGACGCCAUGCCACCAGGUGAUGACGUCAUGCCACCAGGUGAUGACGCCAUGCCACCAGGUGAUGACGCCAUGCCACCAGGUGAUGACGCCAUGCCAUCAGGUGAUGACGCCAUGCCAUCAGGUGAUGACGCCAUGCCACCAGGUGCUGACGCCAUGCCACCAGGUGCUGACGCCAUGCCACCAGGUGCUGACGCCAUGCCACCAGGUGAUGACGCCAUGCCAUCAGGUGAUGACGCCAUGCCAUCAGGUGAUGACGCCAUGCCACCAGGUGCUGACGCCAUGCCACCAGGUGCUGACGCCAUGCCACCAGGUGCUGACGCCAUGCCACCAGGUGCUGACGCCAUGCCACCAGGUGAUGACGCCAUGCCACCAGGUGAUGACGCCAUGCCACCAGGUGAUGACGCCAUGCCACCAGGUGAUGACGCCAUGCCACCAGGUGAUGACGCCAUGCCACCAGGUGAUGACGCCAUGCCACCAGGUGAUGACGCCAUGCCACCAGGUGAUGACGCCAUGCCACCAGGUGAUGACGCCAUGCCACCAGGUGAUGACGCCAUGCCAUCAGGUGAUGACGCCAUGCCACCAGGUGAUGACGCCAUGCCACCAGGUGAUGACGCCAUGCCACCAGGUGAUGACGCCAUGCCACCAGGUGAUGACGCCAUGCCACCAGGUGAUGACACCUAUGAGGUGGGUGGAGGUGAAGAUGCUGGGCGUGUUGGGGCACAGCGACUACCGGGUGGUGGCACUGGUGGACCACAUGGCCAUGAUCACCGUGCAGUCGCCCCACCGUGGCGUCUUCGACUGCAAGCCCCUCCAAAUACUCUGGGACAAGUUUCCCGAGGUGCCCCUGCUUCUCCCUUCUUCCUUGCAUUCCUUGCCAAAUAA